AUGGCCUUGCCGGCGAUCCCCGAUGAGCUCCUGGUGGAGAUUCUCCUCCGCCUCCCCACCGCAGCCGAUCUCAUCCGCGCCUCCGCCGUCUGCGUCUCCUUCCGUCGGCUCGUCGCCGACCGCUCCUUCCUCCGGCACCGCUUCAAGUUCGCCGUCCCGCCUCACCCCCCGCGCUGGCGCCAGCGCCGCCGACUUCUCCUUCGCCUUUCUCCCCGCCCCUGCGCCGGACUGGUCCAUACGGGAAACAAGCACCUGUUCCACGAAAGGCAGCAGCACCGUGGCCACCAACAGCCAGUUCUGCCCUGGGAGAGACGCUACGACAUUGUGAAGGACGUCGCCGCCGGUUUGCACUACGUCCACCACGAGUACGAGCGCACGGUGCUCCACCGCGACAUCAAGGCCAGCAACAUCAUGCUCGACUCCGCCUUCCGCGGCCGCCUCGGCGACUUCGGCCUCGCGCGAGUCGUCGGCUUCGACAAGAACUCCUUCACCGACGUCGGCUUCCCGCUGCUCGUCGACUGGGCCUGGUGGCUCCAUCAGGAGGGGAGGCUGCUCGAAGCGGUUGACGCCGAGCUCCGAGCUUCGGAGGCGGGGUUCGACGCCGACGAUGCCGCCCGGCUGCUGCUCCUCGGUCUGUCAUGCAGCAACCCGAACCCAUCGGACCGGCCGACCCUGGCCAACGUGCUGCAGGUUGUCGCCAAGACGGCACCGCUGCCGGACGUGCCGCUGGUGAAGCCCGCGUUUGUGUGGCCGCCGGAGGGGGCAUUACUGGACGACGACGUGGAUGAUGGUUUUGCGGGGACGAGCCGUGAUGAUUAUCGGUACUGGGAGGAGGAGGAGACCAUGCCGAGCUUCAUGUCGUCGGAGAUCACCAAGCGCAGGGCUCGGAAUGUUGAUCAGCACAAGGACGCGGGGGAGAUAGAGAGUUACGUGUAAUCCAAUCUUUAGAUAUGAUAGGCGUCUAUGCUUCCAUUGUUACUGGUUUUCUAUUUCGUAUAAACAAACUAAUUUCGGACCUCACCGGAAUAAAUUUCACAUAUAUCAGAAAUUAUUUUGGAUUUUCAGAUUUUGAAUGUUACUUAAUUUUAAAGAAUCCUAAAAUAAUUUAAAUUUAUUUUGAAAUCA